GACUUCACCCACUGAAGUCACCUGGGGGACAAUGCUGAACAUUCCACCCCAGAGUCUUGGCCUCUAGGAGGCAGGGACAGCAGGCCCGGCCAGCCCAGAGGACUCUCUGUCCACAGUGUAAAUGAGGACGCUGCUGGCCCAUGUCCCACAGGGAUGUAGAGGACAGCCUCAGAGGCACUGGGCGCUCCCGGCACCAUGGAUGACGCUGCUGUCCUCAAGCGGCGAGGCUACAUCAUGGGGAUAAAUUUGGGAGAGGGCUCGUACGCAAAAGUCAAAUCUGCUUACUCUGAGCGCCUGAAGUUCAACGUGGCGGUCAAGAUCAUUGACCGCAAGAAAGCCCCCAUGGACUUCUUGGAGAAAUUCCUUCCCCGGGAAAUUGAGAUUCUGGCCAUGCUAAACCACCGCUCCAUUGUCAAGACCUACGAGAUCUUCGAGACAUCAGACGGCAAGGUCUACAUCGUCAUGGAGCUCGGGGUCCAGGGUGACCUCCUCGAGUUCAUCAAAACCCGGGGGGCCCUGCAUGAGGAUGACGCUCGCAAGAAAUUCCACCAGCUCUCCUCGGCCAUCAAGUACUGCCACGACCUGGACGUCGUCCACCGAGAUCUCAAGUGCGAGAACCUCCUCCUCGACAAGGACUUCAACAUCAAGCUGUCUGACUUCGGCUUCUCCAAGCGCUGCCUGCGGGACGGCAGUGGCCGCAUUAUCCUCAGCAAGACCUUCUGCGGGUCGGCGGCAUACGCGGCCCCCGAGGUGCUGCAGGGCAUCCCCUACCAGCCCAAGGUGUACGACAUCUGGAGCCUGGGCGUGAUCCUCUACAUCAUGGUCUGUGGCUCCAUGCCCUACGAUGAUUCCAACAUCAAGAAGAUGCUGAGCAUCCAGAAGGAGCACCGCGUCAACUUCCCCCGCUCCAAGAACCUGACAGGCGAGUGCAAGGACCUCAUCUACCGCAUGCUACAGCCGGAUGUCAACCGGCGGCUGCACAUCGACGAGAUCCUCAGCCACUGCUGGGUGCAGCCCACGGCACGGGGCCAGUCCUCUGAGGCCAUCAACAAGGAGGGGGAGACCUCCUGGGGCCCUGAGCCCUCAUGGACCCCUGAGACCCCUGACAAAAAGUCUGCCACCAAGCUGGAGCCCCAGGAGGAGGCACAGCCCGAGACACAGUCCCAGCCAAAACCCAACGAGGAAGAGACGUUGCAAGUGCCGGUGUCAAGGCAGUUGGACACCACGGGUCUUAACGGAGAGAGGCCUGGCAGGGAGACAGAAGAGGUCCUCCCACAGCCUUCAGAGACACACACCUAGCGAGCCCCUCUUGGCCCAGGGGGCCAGCAGAGAAUGAAGCAGAGCUCAUGGCUUUGAGCCUGAGCUCCAAAGAAACCAAGGGGCAAGCCAAAGAAGACGGUCCCGGAUGAGCCACUAUUUUCGUCAGUUUCUUCUCCCUCCCUUUGGACUUGGUAACCCACAUGGCUAAAGAAGCAAUAAAUCACUAUAUUAGUGCAGACCCUAAGGUGAAUGUCUUUGCCCUAGCUGACUGCGGUCAUCCAGGGAGAGGACCCUGCACUCCCUGCCGCACCCCCCCCCCCGGCUCCCCACUCUCGGAUCGCACCGCAUUUCGCCUCCAGUUUGGGAAAAUACAUCCCCGUGUGCCCAGCCCUGACUGUGACCUCAGGCCCCGGACCAGAGCAGAGAGCUGAGCAAGGAAGACGCUGUUUCAAGAGGGAGGCCAUGAGUGCGGUGCUGGGAAGGGCAAGGGGGCACAGAGAGGACAAGACCAAGAAGGGCAGGGGCACACAGGGGCUCCCCUGCAGCUGGGGCUGAGGAUCUGGGCCCUCAAUGUCCCGGCGCUACUGCCUCCACAAGGCUGCCGGUGGGGAGGGGGCCUGCAGGGGGCAGGUGGACCAGCCUCUCAGCCCCUCUGGAGCUCCCCACCCUGGGAGGCCACUCAUUUCUUUCAUUCUGUCCACCAGGGCUCCCUCAUGGCCAACCAGCAUUCAGUUCUGGGCACGCCCUGAGUCAUCCUGCUUGUGGUCAUUCCCCCUGCCCAGGAGAAGUGGUGGUGGCGGGGGCGGGG